AUGCGCUCAAAAUUGGCGUCACUCUUGAAAUUUUGAGCUGGCCUACAAGCAGCAUGGAUCGUUCGCCGUCAUUGCAACGCUUUCUUUGUCUCAUGGUGGCACUGUCCUGCGCCGUACUGACGUCGGCCUUUCAGUAUGAGAACGUGACGCAUCCACUCCAAGGACCUCGAAAGUACCUUCACCCUGAUGUGGCUGGCAAACCAUUCCCAACCGGCGCGUUCUGGACCAACUUUGUCCUUGGUCAAAGCAAUGAAGUCGUUGUGACGUACCCCUACGCUGUCAAGAUUAUGAAUCACCAACUGCACAUCAGCUAUCCGUUCCGGGUCGUCACAAGCAAGAGCAUCAUCCAAGGGUUCACGUCGGAGAUAGCCGUGGAACUCGGUACACAACCGCUUCAAAUUCGUCGCUUCGACGACUUGAGCGUCACAGUCGCAUUCCCACAAGCGUCCGGAGGCACCAUUAUCCUCCAUCUCGUGCGUGGGUCUCCGUACAUGACGCUGGAAUACAAAGACGCGGCACCUGUGUUGUUGUCGGAAGCGAAUAUCCUGUCCGUGACCCAGCCCACAUCGGCGUACUCCGUCGUGACUCUCGGGAACUGGCACCAAUGGCUUGUUUUCUCGUCCACUCCUUUUGCAUGGACCCAGCAAGGAAGGGUUUGGAACGGCCCAGCGAAAUUCAAUGGCGUCGUGCGCAUUGCGUUGGCCUUGCAAGAGUCUGCCAAAUCUGUGCUGGCUGCACAUGCCGACGUGUACCCCACCGGCGCUUCGAUCACGUACAAUACCAAGCCAAAAGCCAAGGUGACGGACUUGAUCUUUUCGUGGACAGCCAAGACCACGAACGCAUUGGUUCCCACGUCAAACUUGCUCAUGGUCGCAUUGCCGCACCAUGUCCAGAUAUUCGCCCCAUCGACCACGACGCUCCCCGAGAUUCAAUACAUGACCAUGCGUGGGCCAGGCACCGGCAUUGUUGGAGCCACAUGGCAUUUGCAGGAGCCUGUCAUUGACAUUCCGUGGGACUACUCUGAUCAAGGCGUGUUUGCCAGACCCAAUACCCCCGAAUACGAAUCGACCCUGGCCUUCAUCUCGGCCGCGCUCGACAACGACAUCGAGCGGUUCCCAGCAUUCGCGGAAGACUCGUACAACUUUGGCAAGCAAUUCGGCCGUGAAGCUCGACUCGUUUUGACUGCCCAUCGAUUCAAUAAGGCGACCGUGUUUGAAAAAGGACUGGCAAAGCUGCAAAAUCAAAUCCGGGCGUGGCUCCAGGGCACCAACAUCGACCAUUUUGUGUACGACACAACGUAUGGCGGGCUCAUCACGAACGAUGGGUACCAAUCGAACGCAAAAGAUUUUGGCAACGGCAACUACAACGACCACCACUUUCAUUACGGGUAUUUCCUUUAUGGCCUUGCCGUACUUCGUCGUUUCAACGCGUCGUUCGUCGACGAGCACCGCGAUGCGAUUGUGUACAUCCUGAGCGACAUUGGCGCGCCGCUUGGGAAAACUUCGUUUGUUGCAAACUUUCCGCAGCGGGACUUGUUUCCCACGGCCCGCCACAAGGACUGGUUCGUCGGCCACUCGUACGCAAGCGGUCUCUUUCCCCAAGCAAACGGCAAGUCCCAAGAAAGCAGCAGCGAGGCCAUCAACGCGUACUACGCGCUGGCCCUGUUUACGUCGCUGGAUUCAGACCCGGCGUAUUUUGAAUACGCACGGCUACUGUUGGCCAUGGAAGUCCGAGCAACUCAACUGUACUGGCACAUACCCGCCGUUCAAACACCAACAAUUUACGAGCCGUUGUUCGCCGCGAAUAAGAUGGCUGGCGUUGUCAGCGAAAUGGACGUGGUGUAUUCGACCUGGUUUGGCGACCGCCCUGCCUACAUCCAUGGCAUCCAAGUUAUUCCGGUGACGCCCAUCACGGCGGUCUUGCUCCCGGAAUCGUACGUUGCCGACGAGCGCCAAGUUCUGGACAACCAGCCCGAGCUCUCCAACCCGAGCGACAUUUGGUCGUCAGUGCUCGCCUUCGACAAUGCCAUUGUCGACGCUUCCCGAGAAUGGACGAAACUCCAAAGAACCGACUAUAACUACGACACGUGGAGCUCUGCCGCGAACGCGAUGCACUGGAUUGCAUCGCGCUCGAGCUUCGGGACUCAUGUCAAGCCUCCCACCAAGCCGGUGGCCCUCGCAUGCUUUGGAUAUCCUGCAUGUGCGUUGGCUGGCGCGUUUGGAGGCAGCUUGGACUGCUGCAACACGUUGCCUGGUUGCUGUCCAAGCGACAAACCUUGCUGCAAAACGGACAAAAUUAGUGAGCCAUCAACGACUUGCCACGACGAGCCAGCCUGCGGCAUCCUCGGCUUGAGUUGCUGUGGGUCACCGCAAGGUUGCUGCACGCCGUCCCCAGUCACCGGCCUCGUGCUGGGUUGCUGCAAACAAGUCACUAAACCACCACUUGACGGCCGCGCCACAAACGCAACGACUCAGUGCCAUGCCCAGCCCAAGUGUGCGGCCGCCAAAUUGGAGUGCUGCAACUCCCCACAGGGAUGUUGCGUCCCAACCGCCAGCGGCCAGGUCCUGGGAUGCUGUGACCUGACUAAUGCUUCGUUGGUGCCCACGACGACACUUCCAUCAACCUCCUGCCACAACGAACCACAAUGCGGUGUCUUGGGACUGGAGUGUUGUAGCUCACCCGACGGCUGCUGCCGAACGCUUCCAUCGCAGCCCAAGCUAACGUGCUGUAGCCAGGGCCAACCACUGACGAGCGUGUGGCCUCGAAAGGCCGUGGUUGGCAAAGCGGCGUCGUCGUGUGAUCACAACCCGCUCUGCUUGACGGCGGGGCCGGACGGUGGGGUGCUGGCGUGCUGGCGUGCUGCAAUGAUUCGAAAGGGUGUUGCCCUGGUAACACCUGCUGCAGUAGUGCGACCACUUGGUGGACACUGGAUCGUGUCUUCAUGGUAGCGCUGGGCGCGCUGGCUAUAGGUGGCGUGUUCUACUGCAGUGUGCUGUAUUUGCGUCGCAAGGACUAUCGGCCGCUUGACAGGGAUGUCCGCGCGUGGUACUGCGGCAGCUUCAUGGUGAUCGUGCUCGGUGUGUUUUUCUACUUGGCGUUUUCCGUGAAAAAUUAGCGAUAACUAUGAAUGAAAGCAACUCAAAGCAUCGUAUCGGAGGAGUGAAGGGAAAAUACAAUCGCGACUAACUGACGCAGUACGAGAUGUUGCGCUCUUCCAGGAACUUCUUGAUGCUGUCGUUGAGGUCGCCCGUGACAGCGACGGCGUAGAUGCCCGGCACGAAUUUGCCGAUGCGACGCCACUUCGCUACCCAGCUCUCCUUUGGCUGCAUCAUCGCGAUCAUCCCUUCAAAGUACGCUGUUGUGCAGUCCGUCACACGCGUGCGGUUGUCUUGCAUGUUAAGGAAGCCGCAGUUGUCGCACCCAGAUUCAUAGAACUGGCUGUACGUCUUGACAAGGGAGCAGAUCAUGCACGCACGCAGCUCGCGAAAUGUCGUCGGGAUUUCCGCGUGCACCACGCCUUGUUCCAUAUCGUCGUCGUCUUCGUCGCCGCGCAUGUUCGACUCCUACCGCCCAACACAAACCACCUUGGAU